GUUUUGCUCAAGCCGUUUUGACUCAAGCUGCUGUGGUGGAUGCUGGACAUCAGUCGAGGGUCUCGAGAAGGCACGCUUUCUCUUGAAUUGUCGAUCAAGAAGUGUGGCUCGACAAAGCAAUGGUGCACAGCACUGCAGUUGCUUCGCGAAGGGAUUCGGUCAGGAGUGCAACUCUUCCCAGGCCACUACCUUGCGACUGUCAGCGCAUGCGGAAAAGGCGGGCAGUGGCAACGUGCACUGUCGGUGCUCACUGCGAUGUGGCAGUCGAAGCUUGCUCCCGAUGUCGUCGGCUACAGCGUUGGGGUCAGCGCAUGCGCAAAGGGCUGGCAGUGGCAGGCGGCGUUGUUGCUGCUGCGCGAGAUGCGGGAGUCGAAUUUGGAGUCCGACAUCAUCUCUGCAAUGCUGGGGUCAGCGCGUGCGAGAAGGGCGAGCAGUGGCAGCGGGCGCUGGCGCUGUUGAGCGAGAUGUGGGAGGUGAGGUUGGAGCCCGACGUCAUCUUCAGCUACAAUGCUGGGAUCAGCGCGUGCGAGAAGGGGGAGCAGUGGCUGCGGGCGCUGGCGCUGUUGAGCGAGAUGUGGGAGGUGAGGUUGGAGCCCGACGUUACCAGCUACAGCGCUGGGAUCAGCGCGUGCGAGAAGGGCGAGCAGUGGCAGCCGGCGCUGGCGCUGCUCAGCGAGAUGUGGGAGGCGAAGCUGAAGCCCAGCGUCAUCUUCAGCUACAGCGCUGGGAUCAGUGCGUGCGGGAAGGGCGAGCAGUGGCAGCGGGCGAUAGCGCUGCUCAGCGAGAUGUGGGAGGCGAAGCUGGCGCCCAGCGUCAUCAGCUACAGCGCUGGGAUGAGCGCGUGCGAGAAAGGCGCGCAGUGGCAGCGGGCGCUGGCACUUCUCAGCGAGAUGCGGGAGGCGAAGCUGAGUCCCAACGUCAUCUCUACAAUGCUGGGAUCAGCGCGUGCGAGAAGGGUGGGCAGUGGCUGCGGGCGCUGGCUCUGUUGAAAGAGAUGUGGGAGGCCAAGGUGGAGCCCGACGUCGUCA